AUGGAACAAGAUACGAACGGACUUGAAGUAGCCCAGGCCAGGGGAUCCGAUCAGCAUCAGCCGAAACAACACCUAUCCCAACACGAAUCAUUAUUGGAGUUGCCACCGGCCCCAGAGCCAGGCACACCUUAUAUAUCACAAACAAUCUUGUGCCGGGUACCAGCUACCAAAGACUACGUAUUGAAUCAUGUCGCUCUUCAGAUCGAGUCUCCGGCGUCUUCAUUGGCCUUCUACAUCGACUUUCUCGGGAUGAGCCUGAUAUUUGUUGUCAAUACUGGACCAUUUACUGCUUAUUAUCUUGGUUAUCCCCAGAAGUCCGACGUGUCUCCAGCGGAUAUGGCUGCAGAAACAGGUGUAAGGUCAGGACUACUCGAACUCAUUUCACUGCAUGAUAAAGUCGACGACACUCCGGAAACAUCGCCGAGCAAGCGACGUGGUUUCGCCCAUCUCGGCAUCCGUGUGCCCGACGUGAGUGAGACCUUGAAGCUGGCCAAGGAGAAAGGUUGGAAGGUUAUCAAGCAUUUAGACAAUGUCGAACCUUACGACAUGCCUUUACCCGGAAAGAUUCACGGAGCCUGGCAGGCCGGCUUUGACCAGACAUUUGCGCAGAUAGGAUUUCUCGAAGAUCCGGAUGGACUUCCAACCCUCUGGGGUGGAAAGAUUGUAAACGGGGUAUUGACUAUCGACUUCGAUACCAGGAUAUCGAUUCCAGUGCCAGACACCACCAACAUCGGAUACAGGUUCGACCACUCUGGCCUUGCCACUCUUCAAGCUCUUCUCAUUCUGUCACACUACGAGGCAGCAGAAGCACAUGAUUCUCGAGGUAUGGCAGUUCAGUUGGCACACGAUCUCGCUCUCGAGGUUGAUAUUCAACUUGAGGCGUGGGCGGAGGAUUCUGGAGCUGGUCUCACCGGACGACCCUCGCAUUUAAAUAAUCAAUGGCUCGCCGAGUUAUCUCCUGUCUUCAACCUGGGGACGUCUCGGGAUAGUCACAGAGAUGACUGGCCCAGUAUAACAAACACUGGCAGUACAGUCUCCUCCACGGUCCCGUAUUCUCAUAGCCCUAUGAAACAUGCAUGCAGCAUUUUGACUCGCUUCUACGACUACACAAAAAUCACUGGUUUCCAAGAAAUCUCGGUGAUUGAAGACAUGCUCGAAACCCUCGAAACGUGGUUCGAGUCCCUACAAGGACUCUUUAAGAUUUCCAUAGCCAAAAGCCAAUCUACCGGUAGGCAAGUGAGCCCUUGGAUACUUGACUUGCUUAUGCUAUCUGACACAGCAAUUAUCUUGCUUCUACGUCCGCUUCUACAGUAUCAACCGAACGGGUCAACCGAUCACACCUUGAGCAAAGGCCGAGAUCCGCGGAAAAUGUGCACAGCCGCAGCUGCCUCUAUCCGCCAUGAGCUAGAGCUUGAUCGAUCUAAUUUUGGGCUUCGGCGACCGAGCGUCAACAGGGACUUUUAUACUAUCACAGCUGGGGCAUUGCACUUGGAGAGCUUAAGCCUGGGCAUGAUCGACAGCCAAGCAGAGUCUCAGGCGCACUGUCUAGCUUGUAUGCGCGCUCUCGGAGAGAUGAGCCAAACCUUGACUUGUGCAGUCUGA